AUGUUUCUUCUCACUUACACUCUUUUUAUCAUACUUAUUUGGAAACUGGCCACCGGCGCAGAUGUAGAUACUACUUUUGUGACAGUCUAUUCGACGGCAUGGAUUAUCGAGGAGAGACCUGGUGUCGGUUGGGACAUAGCAGUAAGUUGUAUUCAUUUGCCAACAGUGGUCGGUUCUUGAAACUGAGACGUGUUUUUACCCGUUCAAGGCGAGGAGGACUGACAAUUCUGUUAUAAUAGAGAUAUCAAGCGAAACUUGCUGUCCCGCACAAGUGUAGACUGAUACAACGGGAGAUAUUCAACUCCUUCUUCUUUGUUGGUGGAUCGUUCGAGGCCCAAUGUAUAUCCCGAGGAUUUGAUGAAGUUUUGAUCACGAAGGACAUUCUUGUAACAUUGGAAGGCAUGGAUCCCGUCUCCAAAGUCUGGCAGAUGGAUUUUCCCGACAAGACCGAGAAAGCGCCUGAUGAAGAACCAGAGCCGUUGCCAGACUCGCUUAGGACGCCCGUACCAAGUAGCCUACCAAGUGGUUUACCCCUAAGGCGAAGAACGAGGCCGAAGGUCAAGACACGCCAACCGUGGGACAAGCGAGCCCAACCGAAAGUGGAAGAAGAGCCAGUCGCAUCGACAUCAUUCACAACACAUGUCACGACGGGCGUGGAUAAAGUCCAUGCGGCAGGGUUUUUGGGGACUGGCAUUCGAAUUGCGGUCAUUGAUAAAGACUUUAAUAUCCAAGGACACUCGGCUUUCUCGAAGACCAAAAUUGCGUACAGGUAUAGCGUGGUCGAUGGCAGCUCGAACGUAGAGACUAUCCCCGGCGACUGUGUGGAAAGUCAUGGGACCACCGUCUUGGGCGUCAUUGGUGCCAAUAGCGACGACCCUGGUGACCAGCCAUUAGGGUUCAGAGGGGUUGCACCGGACGCUUCGUUUGAGCUCAUCAAGGUGGCUCGCUGUGAUGUCGCUAAGUUCGACGAUCAGAUCAUUGCUGGCCUUCUACAUGCGGCGGAUCGAGGCGUCGAUAUCAUUUCCGGCUCCCUCGGAGGCGCGACUGCAUAUCCCGAUCGUGAGUGACUCUCCUAUAUUGUAUUGUGAUGUCUGAUGGAGUAUAAGUAUAAGUAUGCUGACCUGCGGUGGCGUGCUUCUUCAGAUCCUCGCGUGGUGGCUGUGGAACGAAUCCAGGCGUCGGGUAUCUUUGUCGCGACUGCCAUGGGCAAUGAUGGCCGGAAAGUGGGCAUCUGGGACCCCACCUCGAUAGGCGGCGCCCGGGGGGUGAUGGCCGUGGGAUCGACGAAUAACCUCAACAUCCCAUAUUUCACGUUGCCGGCUCGGUUGAGCGACGGCUCGACCAUUCCCUAUGUCCCUGGGAAGGACUUUGAGCUCUCCGGCCGCCCGUUGACCUUGUGGUUCCCCAGCGAUGCGCAGUGGUUGGAGGAGGGGUGCAAUGAAUUGCCGUGGCGGACCGACCUGCCGGCCGAUGCCGAGAACACGAUUCUGGUGGUUGCGCAGCGGCACUGCUGGCUCGACCCGGCCACCACGGAGCGAAUCACGGCCCGGUUGGGGAUUCGCAGCGUCAUAUUCUACGUGCCCAUGUAUUGGACGCACGCCGAUAUCCCAUAUCCCAGCUGGACGCCGGAGCCCGCGGAUCGAGUCACGCACUAUGUGACCAUUACGCAGAAUCAUUUCGAAAUGCUCCAAUACAAGAUGCGUGCGGCCCGGAAAGCGGGCUCGCAGUUGACGGUGACCUUUCCUCCCGAAAGCUCGACCCAGAUGGUCUUUGCCGAACGGAAGAAUGAAGUCGGCGGCAACUAUGUGUCGUCGUUCUCGAGCUGGGGUCCAACCCUCGAUGGCCGCUUACGACCAGGCAUUGUCGCUCCCGGCGGGGAUAUUCUAACGACCUUGCCCAAAUCCGAGAGCGCGGGACUGGGAUGGGUCGUAUCACAUGGCACGAGUGCGUCCACCCCGUUCUAUGCGGGAGUGGCGGCGCUUCUGAAACAGAAAUUUCUCCAGGCAGGCCGGAAUCCGACGUCCCUCGACAUUCAAACCGCCUUGACCCUCACCGCCAAACCUCUCAAUUGGUUCGACUUUGUGACAGGCGAGACCAGAGAUUAUCUCGCUCCCGUAUAUCAGCAAGGCGCAGGUUCUCUAGAUGCCUGGGCCGCGUCUAAUACGCGCACACUGAUCAAUACGACGGCGUUGGAUUUCAACGAUACAAUGCAUCGCCCACGUUCGUUAACCUUUCAGAUAUCACAUCUCAACUCGGAGUCGACAACAUAUACAUUUGAUCACCAAGGUGCGGCAUCAGGAUAUAUUCUCGAAAGUAAAACAUAUGAGAAAGCGGUGGCAGACGUACGCAACGUAUAUGCAACAGUUCAAAUUACGCCAGCCGAAGUCACCAUCCCUGCCGGCGAAUCAGCCAUAAUUACAGUCUCGAUUACAAAAGAUCCUGAUCUACCAGACGCCGACAGGCGAGGGGUUUACUUUGGUGGAUAUAUCGCCAUUGUCGGAGCCAGAGAACGUCUACAGCUUCCAUACGCCGGCUUUGGAAGCGCGUUAAGUAGAAUUCCUAUGAUUGAUAGGAAAGCAACAUCCCUUGUCGCAGCAAAUGAAACUCAUUUUGUGGAGUGGCCGAAGGACGAAACAUUCUAUUGCCACUACAAUGUUUCAUGGCCUAUUCCUCUAAGGUGUGAGGAGGAUUUAGUCCCAGGAGUAUCUCUAAAGACCACCAUCCCUUCUGCUAAGUAUCUAUUCCACAUCGUGGAGGUUAAAUCGCGUCGUACGGUUUUAAGGUUGGAACCUGUACAAGGCCGUGGACAACCCUGGCCAAGAACAUCGAAAUUCCUUUGGGAUGGAACUGAUCGAGACCAACAGUUCGUUCCUGAAGGACGUUAUUAUUUCGAAGUUCUAGUCCUCCACAUGUAUGGAGAUCUAGCGGUGGCGGACGAUUAUGAGAUUUGGGAAAGUCCUAGUUGGUACUUGGAAUACGAGGAUGGGAGUACUAUUCCGGACUGGAGAUGCCCUACUUGUACUAUACAAAGAGUCUAA